AUGGAUCAAAGACCAGGCCAGGCAUCUUCGCAAGAUGCAGCAGCAGGCCCCGGUGCUAACAACUCAAGCCAGCAACCAAGUGUAUAUCCAAACCCAGCGUCGGCGCAGCUGCAGGCAGAUCACGCUAGCGUCGAGCGUAAUGAAGCCUCUCAGCAAACUGUAUCCGGUUCUACUUCAUCCUCCUCGAAUACGCCGGGAGAAUCUGCUCGAAAAGAAGCCACUGUUACGACGGCCUGCUUAGCUUGUCGCAGUAAACACUUGAAAUGCGACGGCUCUAACCCUUGCUCACGGUGCGUUUUGUCAGGGUUUGAGUGCGUUUACGUUGCGUCUCGCAGAGGCUACAGAGGGCCUCGCCGAACCAAUCUGCUGAACCCAAACAAGCGACGAGCCACCUCGCCACUAGGAGCCUCGGAGUUUUCACCACAUGCAAUCGCGGAUUCCUCUCUCGCAUCUCCCAUAGUUCGAGGGAGCUUUUCAUCACAGUCUGGGCUCCAAGGUUCUCCACAAACGCCUCACCAUUUCGACCAACACGCGCCAUCAGUGGGCGAGGGCCAAACAGUAGCUCGCGGUUCUGGGGCAGAGUCGAAUAGAAAUGCGCGAGGAAGCAAUGUUCUUCGCCCCAUACCACUUCCGGAACGCUGUAUUGACUCGUUUUAUCAUAACUUUUUCGCCGCGCACCCAUUUGUCUUACCGAAGCAGAAUCUUUUAACAAACCCUCUGCAGCCUUCUAUCGAAACAUUGCUGGCAGCGAUUCGAUGGGUGGGAUCACUGUUUCUCCCAGAGGCAGCAGCCAUUAGGCGGGAGCUCUACGACACGGUUUAUCAAAGAAUAUACGCCGCAGAUACUACCUCGGAUGGCUACCUCGUUCAGGCAAUGCUACUCCUCAUUGUGGCGUUGGACGGUGGCUGUGAACAAGACAAAGCACGACAACUACUCGGAGACGUGGAAACCAUUGCGAUACAAAUAGGACUACACACGAAAAACUUUUCCAUUGUAAAUGGCCGCGGAAUUCCGAUUCUGGAGGAAAGUUGGCGGCGGACGUGGUGGGAUCUGUUUAUCGUUGACGGCAUGAUUGCAGGCGUCCACCGCGUCACCAACUUCUUACUCUUCGAUAUUCCCACAGACGUUCCUUUGCCAUGCGAGGAGCAUCAAUAUCUCUCAGGAAACAUCCCACCACCAAUGACACUCGAAGAGCUUGAAACGCGCGACUUUAGUGGCGAAGACCGGGAAUUUUCAUCCUUUGCAUACCGAAUUCUUUCUGGAAGAACACUAGGAAAGUUUAUGCGCACGCCACCAUUCUACGGACCCGAAGACGAAAACGUAGCGCGUAUCGAGGCGCUGCUCACCAACUGGCGACUACACCUCCCACAAAACAAGCGCGACGCUUUGCAACACAACGGCCAACUAGACGAGAUGAUGUUCCAAGCUCAUAUGAUGAACCAUGCCACAUCGAUUCUCCUCCACCAGCAAUUUUCACAGAUCGAUUCGUCGUCGACACAAUCAAUCAAUUCUUGCGCCCCGUAUCAGAUGGUGCCCGCUGGGGGUGGCGACCUCUUUAACGCACACACCAAGCACACCAUUGCUGCAGCCUCGGAAAUUAGCAAACUUAUAACGCACAGGGUCCCUUUGCUCUCACAUACGCACUUUUUCACAUGCGUGGUGACGCUGUCAUCGAUUGUACACCUGUCGAGGUGGUCGCUCUUCUGGAUGGCCCAUGACGACACCGAUCUUCGAGAACAAAUACGACUCAACGUCGGCGCCCUAAGUCACUUAUCUUCGGUCUGGAGAGCAGCUUCAAACGCAUGCGGACAAGUACGAUCUGUUGCCCAAGAAAUUUACCGCGUCAAGAAGCAGCAGCAGAGCAACUCGGAGUAUUGGCUCGGAUUCACACCAGACGCCAUGAUUAACAGCAUCGCGGUAGACGACUCCAUUAUUGGCGACAUUGAACGAAUAAGCGGCCAAAACAAUACCAAUGCGCCCCAAUAA